AUCUUGCACAUGUCAAAAACAAUUUGUGCGUCAAUACAAAGGCAAUAGGAAAAGUGAAUCUCCUCUACAACGUCCAUUGGAGAAUAUAAAUGAAAUGUUAAGCUGGAUUAAAAAGAAGAAACGUAGAUUGUUUGAAGACAUUUAUACAAACCAAGCAUCUAUAAACGAUAUAAAAUCGAUGAACAAUAAGAGUGAUACAUUCAGAGACCUGUCAAAAGAAAGUAUUAACUAUGUAGGACUACCAAAUUCAUUUUAUAAUAGUACACUUAAAGUGUUAGAGGAAUAUGUGAGGGAUAAAAAACAAAAAAAGAGUAAAUCAAACAAUAAUAACAAUUGGAUUAAUAUGGAAUUGAUGAGAUACAUCUGUAAUUUAUUAAAAAUGUCGCCUAACGAAAUAGAUAAUCUUUCAGUAUCAUCAAAUUCUGGUAUUCAACUAGAACAAAGUAUUUUGGAAAUAUCCAAAGCCAAUUUGGAAUAUCACAAAGAUAUUUUAAAUUAUAUAUCGAAGUGCUUGGAUAGUAAUCUGAGCGAUAUUAGUCGAGACCAGGCUUUAAGUUCGCCUCAAUACAUCGGUUUGUUAGAUAAGCUAUAUAAGCUUGCCGAUUAUUAUACAGAGAAGGCACAAGAAAUGCGGAACAUUUGCUUGGAGUCUCCCAGAGUCGAGAUUAAUAGUUUGGAUAAAGAUGCCUUAGAACAAAUUACAGAAAAUAAUCCUAGAGAUUGUAAAACUUCUGGUAGUUUAACUUCAGAGUUGUCUGUUGAUGGAGCAUAUGUUUUGGAUCAUUUAAGUUCACUAUUAGAACAAAGAGGGUUAAUUUGUUCUGAUAGAGAAUGGCCUAUUUUUGGAAAAGAUGACGAAGAAGAUAGCAGAAGCUUAACGGAACAGCUUCUGGAUAUUAAACCAAAUAUUAAAGUAGAACAUUCUGAAAAAGGUAGCUAUGACACUUUUUUACUUAAAAUAUUCGUUCAAAUAGAAAAUGUUUUAAUACAAUGA